UUCGCUGCGUCUGACGCCCUCUUCUGCGCCAAAUUCGUCCAUCUCUUGCAUUGUCUCCAAACCCCAAACUUUUCGACACUUAUCUGUUAUGAUAGGAUUUUUGGUGACAUCUCUUAUACGAUGUGUUCGUGCACUGAGAAUGAGGCCAACCAUUACGGGCGCUUCCUUUGCUCACUCCUCGAGACUGUCAUGAAUUGGCAUAAAGACAAAGAAGUGUUCAACAAAGAGUGCGCUAAAUAUCCGGGAUUUGUGACCAAAUUCUGUGAGAAGGAUCCGGUUCACGUGGAUUUCGAGAACUAUCGUCACGUUUGCCACAAAUGGCACUACAGACUAACCAAAGCAUUCAUAUUAUGUCUCGAUUCUGGAGAUUACAUACAAAUAAGAAAUUCGCUCAUUAUUCUGACGAAAGUGUUGCCGCAGUUUCCAGUUAUGCUUAGCUUCGCGCAGGCGAUUGAACGCCGCGUCGACAACAUCCGCAACGAGGAGAAGGAGAAACGGCCCGAUCUGUACGCACUCGCCACUGGAUAUUCGGGUCAAUUGAAGGCUCGUAAGUCUAAUUUCAUACCGGAAUCGGAGUUUCAUAUCAAAGAGAAUAAGAAACAAAUGACUGUUCAAAAUAACGCUCAAAAAGUGGAGAUUAAUAACAAUGCGAUUAAAAAGGAAAAAAUCGAAACCAUUGUUAAUAACGUGGAAAAAGAUGUCUCGAAGUCGAAGAAUGGCAUCGACUCUAAGGAGACAAAUGAGAAGAAAAAGGAAAUUAAAAAAGAAAACCCAAAAGAGGCGAAGAAUAGGAAAACGGUUACGAAUGAAGACAAACUGAACAAUAAUGUGGAGAAAAACAAUCGAAAUGAAUCGCGUUCUUCUUCGGUCUCAUCGCUAUCUCCCCGAAGAACUACUGAACACCGAAACAAAGACGAUGUCAACGAAUCAGACAAAGAACACAAGAAGAGGAAAAGUGAUUCAAUUAAAACACACGAAGAGAAUAGCGAUAAGAAACUGAAAGAAGAGGUCAAUAAUAACGGCAUUAGUAGUGUUAACACUAAUACAAGAUCUCACGAGAAAAAGCAGUCAUCGAGUGCCAGGAAAAGACAACAACAGCUCAAAGAGUCGCCCAAUAAUGAGGUCUCUUCUGAAGUGAAUUCAACGCCUAAAAGACGCAAAGAGGACGACGCGAGUAAAAGUAAACGGGAGGACAGGGAGUCCAGAAGUAAAACGACAGAAAAACGAAGUAAUUCUUCGCGACGACACAAACAAGAGGACGACAAAUGAUAGCAUUAUUUUGAAUGAUAUACUUUCAUCACUUAUUUAUUCAUUUUUCCACAU